AUGAAUUCAUCACCAGCACGAGGGUCGGAGACUGGAUCAGGAAAAUCCAAGGACGACCUCAAUCCUCCUACCACAGCUGCCUUCUCUCCAACAUCGGGAAUUUCCUCCCCAGCCACCAGACAGCGGUCUACUAUUGUGGUACACCGAAAGUCGCCCUUGCUCAUAGCAACACCGCCGACCAUCACUCGAGCCCUUGCCUUCUCUCACCCAUUCCUGCUGCCUCUGAAUCAGAUCGUGGGCCUAAUUACAUGGACGAGUGGAGACCCGUGGGAAAGCUUUCUCGUUAUUGCAGGCUUCUGGGCCAUUACAACCUAUGGGGAUAUAAUCAUAAGAUACGCAGGGCCCCUGAUGGUCGUGGUAUUUGUCAUCUUGGGAAUGUACUCGAGGAGAUAUUCUCCUCUGUCUUCGAGUGGGUGGACUGGGGAGAAGCGCAAAGAUCCCAAAGAGAAGUCGGAGGGCAACAUGAAACAUCAAAAGAGUCUUGAUGAGAUCGUAGAGACUCUGACAGUAUUUACUUCAAGGUGUAAUAUAUUGCUUGAACCGUUCAUGCAGCUUACAGACUUCCUCUCGACACAACGCACGGCAACAUCAGCCACCACAAGACCUGCUCUUACUACCCUUUUCAUACGCAUUCUUUUUAUCUCACCUCUGUGGAUUGGUCUAACCCUACCACCGCUUUACAUUCUCACUACCCGCCGAGUGAUCCUUGUCGUCGGUACAGUCAUGCUCAGCUGGCACUCGAGGCCUGCUCGGGUUACUCGCACACUUCUCUGGCGCUCACAUUUCAUGCGUCGUGUCGUCUCUGUAACUACAGGCUUGACUUUUGGUAAUCAGCCACAAGUACCAGUCACACCCCGCAAAGGGGCCCCUCCUCCACUACCACCGAGGCAUAAGAGUCAACAUGACGUUGCUAAUUCUCUCGCUGCUCAUGGUGUCCGUUUCACUUUUGUGGUCUUCGAGAACCAACGGCGUUGGUUGGGUCUUGGAUGGACAUAUUCACUGUUGGCUUAUGAGAGGACUGCUUGGACGGAUGAGCAUCUCAAUCCGUCAGAUCCCAAAGAUAGCUUUCUGCUUCCACACAUCGACAAUGGCACUGCGAAAUGGCAUUGGGUUCCAGGCAGUGAGUGGCAAGUCGAAGGCGGUGGGAAGAACAGAGCAACUACUGGUGUCGACGGGUGGAUUUACUAUGACAACAAGUGGAAUGAUGGCCGUCGUGGCCAAGACGGCUGGGGAAGAUAUACCCGACGUCGGAAGUGGUAUCGAGAUGCUGAGCUGGUAGAGACAAGCGGAGGUACUGGACUCGAUGGAUCCACGGAUACCUUGGUUCCACCUGCUUCUGGCUCUGCUGCCCUGGACGCCUCGCCUGACUAUUCGCAAAUUACGAAAGACAGCGAUGCAAGUAGCAGCCAAGCUAGAAGACGUGGUUUCUUCAGGAAGAAUAGCCGAACAAGCGCACAUAGCAGCGGCGACUCCUCAGGAUCGACCACUUUACGAGGUGAUGAGCGUGAGACUCAGCAGCUACCGUUACAUCAAGAACGGGAUGGAUAUUGGGGCAUCGUAGACGAUGCAAAGAUGGGCUUGGAGUGA